AUGUCUAGCGUUAAAUUGACCCACAUUCAGCACAAGUCAAACAUUUCGUUCGGUUUCGCCAUGAACAUCAAACGGCGCAUCCGUGAGCAGUUUUGGCUGCUAGACAAGGAAACUCAGGACAAACAGCGGUGUGUCGAUGUUCUAGAAGACGUUGUCGGGUUUGUGAGGACAUGUUGCCGGAACAUUGGAGGAGACGUUUUGGAUUCAAACUUUCGCAUUAACUUUCGGACAAUUUUGCUGAUAUUGUCAAUGAACUCGUAUUUUAUUUGUCUUGGUUAUUCCGUGUACUGUUACUGGGGUUCGUGGUUUGAAAUAUUGGAGGCGCUGUCUUUGGCCGGGGUUGCCGUUCAAGGAAUGGUUAAACUGAACCUAGCACUGUCGCAGAAAGAAUAUUUUCAAUCAUCCCUCGGAAGAUUGCAGCUAAUGUACGAACGAAAUGUCCACCAUCCACGCAAUAAUCGAUCAUUGGUGUCAUGUGGAGGGCUGAUAAGGGCUGCCUUCAUCAUUUUUGCGCUGUUUUACUUCCUAGGUGGAGUUGGAUUUUGUUUGCUUCCUUUGUACACUUUCGCGAGAUAUCAGCAACGCACUAUGAUUCUUGCCGUUUUAGUACCGGGUUUCGACCCGGAAACCCAUUUUGGAUUCGUAGCCACGUCUGCUUAUCACGUUUUUCUUAUUUUCAUGGGAACAUAUGGAAGCCUCGCUGCUGACUUGGGAAUGAUGCUGAUCACUUUCAACAUAAUCGGAAUCGUCGAUAUUUUCAAAAACCUACUUAAGGAAUUGGAUGACAUGCUAGAGCUAGAUGAUUUCAACGAAAGGAAAAUCCACGAAAGCGUUCUUCAAGUUUGUGUAGCACAUAAGGAAGUGAUAGCGUAUGAGGAAGCGCUUGACAAAUCAUACCGGAGGGUUGUAUUCGUACAAGUGAUGACAUCUGUAGCCAUCCUUUCGACCACGUUGUUCGUUUUCUACAUGACUAUGCAAAUUGCAAAUCUGUUGUUUAUGUUGGCGGCAAUUUUGCAGCUACUGGAAUUCUGCAUUCUUGGGGUGACCAUCACGAUAAAGAACGAUCAAAUAGUCAGAGCAUUGUACGAUAUCAGGUGGUACAAACUUCCGGUGAAGCAGCAGCGAAUUCUAUCUUUUAUCUUGUUCAAAUCGCAAAACGCCGUUGAAAUGACGAUUGGAGGGUUGGCCGAGCUCAAUAUGAGCACUUUCGUAGAGAUUGUUAAAACAAUAUAUACUUAUUUUGCGAUGAUGAUACAAUUCAUACACUAAGCAGAUGUAGAAAAAU